AUUUUAUAUAAUUUAAAAAUAAUAAAUGGACCCACAUUAGAUGUGUAAGAAAUUAUAAGAGGAAUCAUUUAAAGAGAAUGAUGAUGUAAGGAAUUUCAUUUCUAAAAGAGCUGAGAACUCGAGUGGCUGAGAUAGAGGCUAAGAAUGCUGAAUAUUAAGAUUUGAUUGAAGGUUUGAGAUAAACAAUUGAAGAGAAAGACGCCAAAAUCAAACAAUUAGAAGAUGCAUUGUCUAAUUUACAAAAUAAGCCAAUCAAAAAAAGCAUAUAAAAGAAGAAAGAUAAGAGGCCAACUAAAAAGUGAUAUAAUAAUUUA